AGUGUCCAUACUGGAAUCGAUUCGACAGCGAACGAUAUUUGAAGAACUUACGAAAGCGUCCAACAAAUUAAAAAUUUUAGUUGGUUUUUCAAGAGAUCGCAUCUAAAAAAAGCUAUUUUUGAGUGAGAGAUUUACUAUAUUUGGCCUAUUUUGUGAGUAGAUUUGCGGAAGCAUUUUUUAUAGUACAAUAAGUUUGGUAUAAUGAUGGUUAGUUUACGUAAAAUGUAAAUUGCCCUGACCGGCUUUUAAAAGCUGCUUUGAUCUUUCUGUUACAAUUAUUUAGAGGUUAUAUUUUUUAAAUAUAUUAUAUCACAAAUAAUUAUUCAAGAAUAUUAGUUCAUUAUCUUUCAAGAUAUUUCUAAUUUAUAUGUUAAGAAAUAUAGGUCUAAAUGGGAAUUUUAAAAUAAGAAUAGACUGUGAUUAAUUUAAUAUAUUUAACACAUGUACAUUUAAUAGAUAUAUGUUUUAUAAUAUAGAUAUAAGUUAUCACAUGUAUGAUAAGAAAGCGAAUUGGAUUACUAGAGGUAUACAGCGGUUGUUUAAAAAGGACUAAUUUUUUUCCAUAAUGAUAAAUUAAAUGUUUAUUAUUCAAAUCUGUUCAAAACUUUUUAUAAAUUGUAGAAUGAUAUAUUCUUUGGACAGAAAAAGCUUUCCUGAUCAAAGCUGAUAUGAUAUUUUUCCGCUUACACAACCAGUCUAGACAAUAAACUGGUGUUUUUUCUUGGCCGCCAUCGCCAAUAUUUCGGUGUAGAUGAAACAAAGUAAGAUAUUUAUAGAGUUAAUACGCAUACAAGAUCAUUCCUGAAAAUGUAUAUUAUUAUUUUUAAAUUUUAAUCUAUAAUUGUGCUUUUUUUUUAAAAAAUGCAUUGAUUUUUAAGAUUAAUCUGCUAAAUAUAUAUUGAGUGAACGAUAAAGAACUAAAAUCCAGCCAGUCGUAGUUGAUGUAGUUGUCCUUGACAACUUUAGCUUUUUUAAAAGUUGUGUAGUGGCUCACGACGAUCAGAUAAUAAACAUCUUGAGCUUUUAUUUGGAAUUAUAGCUGUAAAACAGACUUUCUUUGGAAUUUAUUCAUGAGUACUAAAAAGCUUUUAAAGAAUUCAAUGGCGGCGAAUAAUUUCCCUCAAAAUCAAUUACGACCAUACCCUCAGCCUGGAUAUCAAACUGGAAAUUAUGGAAUGCAACAGAGGCCUAUGUCUGGUAAUUUUAUGUCUGGACCUGGACAAGUUAUGCCUGGCAGAUCAAUGUCUAUGAACUAUGGUGCAGGUAAAGAUAAAACUCUCAGUCGUCCACCAACCGCAACCCCGAGCGCAAUGCAACAGCAACAGCAACACAGCUUACGGAGAGGAACCUCAGCUCCGUCUCAAGAUUCUAGGAUUAAACAAAAGAAAAAGAGGAAAAUUGCUGAUAAAGUUAUUCCAGAGAAAAUUAGAGAACUUGUUCCUGAAUCGAACGCUUAUAUGGAGCUAUUGGCUUUUGAAAGAAAGUUAGACGCGACGAUUAUGCGUAAACGUUUAGAUAUUCAAGAAGCUUUGAAACGGCCUCACAAAGUAAAAAGGAAACUAAGAAUUUAUAUAUCAAACACAUUCACGCCCGCCAAGCCUGCUGAGCUUAAUAACGGACAAGAUGCGCCAGCAUCCUGGGAAUUACGAGUUGAAGGAAAACUUAUUGAUGAGCCGAGUGCGGAGGCAGCUAAGGCACCGAAGAGAAAGUUUUCUUCAUUUUUCAAAUCUCUUGUAAUAGAACUAGAUAAAGAAUUGUAUGGACCCGAUAAUCAUCUUGUUGAGUGGCAUCGUACGCCAACUACUCAGGAAACCGAUGGAUUCCAAGUUAAGAGACCAGGUGAUCAGAAUGUAAAGUGUAUGGUUUUGUUGAUGCUUGAUUAUCAACCUCCUCAAUUUAAACUUGACUCUCGUCUGGCAAGGGUUUUGGGUGUUCACACAAAUAGCCGCCCAGUCAUUAUAGAACAUCUGUGGCAAUAUAUAAAAACUCAUAGACUUCAAGACGAGCACGAAAGGGAAUAUAUCAAUUUAGAUGAUUCAUUGAAACAUUGCUUUGAAGUUAGUAGGAUGAAAUUUGCCGAAGUACCCCAAAGGCUCCAUUCGUUGCUUUCCCCACCUGAUCCGAUUGUUAUAUCCCAUUUGAUAACUGUUGAAGGACAAGAAACUAAGAAAACUUCAUGUUAUGACAUAGAAGUUGAAGUGGAUGACUCAAUUAAAUCUCAAAUGAACAACUUUCUUUUAUCAACGACGAGCCAAAAUGAUUUAGCUCAAUUGGAUAAUAAAAUACAUGAAACUGUUGAAACUAUUAAUCAAUUAAAGACCAGUCGGGAGUUCCUUCUUGGAUUUAGUAAAGAUCCGCAAGAAUCCAUAAAUAAUUGGCUAAUAAGUCAAACGAAAGAUUUGAAAGUAAUAACCGAUACGGUUGGAAAUCCGGAAGAAGAGAGAAGAGCUGAAUUUUAUUAUCAACCAUGGUCACAAGAAGCCGUUUGUCGCUAUUUUUAUAAUAAGAUACAACAAAAAAGAGCUGAAUUGGAACAAGCUCUAGGAAUACGAUCUUCAAAUCAAUAGAUAUUAGCUAUUAAUAAUGUCGUAUAUACUUAUUUUCAAAAUUAGAUAAUUCGAUUUUCUAUUUGUACAGUAUCACCAGCAUUCGUGUUCCUAUGUCUAUAAAAUAAACGUAGUUUUAUUAUUAUUAUAUAUUUUUUUGCAAUUAUUUAUAAUAUUGUUACUUUUUAUCAGCCCUAAAACAGAAACCUGUGCAAUUGAAUGUGAAAAAGCAUAAGAUCAUAUAAUGAAUAUUAUCAUCAUCUGUUUGUAAUUUGAAUAAAAACCCUUAAGACUUCAGUUUACCAAUGACUUAGCAAUACUACUGAACAUUAAGUAAUACAGUAUUGUUUAUAAUAGGAAUGUUUGCUUUUUUAUUUUUUCAAGUAGAUUUAUUUUUUGGAAUUCUUCCCAUUGUAAAAAAUUCAUCAUUCGGUUUCAUAUCUAAUAAAUGAGCCAUUCUAUUUGACAAUGCAAAAAAUGAUGCUAUUGAACCAAUAUCCCAUGCAUCUUCUUUAUCGAAUCCUAUCUUCUCCAAUUCCUCAAAUUGAUUGUGUUCAAGAGGCUUACCGGACGCAACAGCCAUAGCAAAGUCUAGUAUUAUCUUUUCCCUUUCAGUUAUAUCUGCACUUUUGUAAUUUAUAGCCACUUGAUCAGCUACAAAAGGUCGUUUGGAAUAUAUUCUGUGUACAGCUCCAUGGGCAACUAUACAAUAUAAGCAAUGAUUUAAUGAGCUGGUAGCAACAAUAAUUAACUCUUUUUCAUCAUUAGUAAGUUUUGAAUUUGGAUCGUUCAUAACAGCAUCGUAAUAGGCAAAGAACGCUCUAUACUCCUUAGGACGAUGAGAAAACGCUUUAAAAACAUUCGGCAAAAAUCCUGUCUAUAAAAUUUAUCAAUUAGCGGUUUUAUUGUGGACAUUAACAAUCUGAUGGAUCACUUUUUGUUCUACUUCGUUCAUUUGCUGUUGAAUGUCAUCAUCUAACGUCGAACGCUGGGGAAUCGGAUAUCGAGAAAAGAGCCUAGGCGAAACUACACUUAGUCUAUUAAAUAUCUAUAAAAAAGAUACAAAAACUUAUCGUUUAUCUUAUUAUAGAACGAAUAUAGGAAAUAGUUAUAUAUCAAUUCUAUCACCUGACGUUUGAAUAUUGAUCUAAUCAUGUUAAGCUGGUGGAGAAUAGUAGAAGGUAUAUUUGAAAGGUUGUAGGGGAAUUUAACCUUCUAUAUCAAGCUGUUGAUAUUUUUAAUGGCGUAGACCAUGAAACCAGUCUUAAAAAUACUUUUUAUAUACAAUUCUAUAAGGACUACCCAUAAUUUUUUUAAAAAAACAGGCCUAUUAGAUUGUGAUACGACUUUAUACUUUAUAAACACAUGUUGUUUA